AUGACCUUCGCAAUUGUCGGCUGUGGGAUUGUCGGACUUUACACGGCUCUCAAUCUGGUUGAGAGUGGCGUCAAAGGUUCCGAAAUCACCAUUGUAGCAGAGUAUCUGCCUGGCGAUCAGUCGAUCAACUACACGUCUCCCUGGGCCGGAGGUAACUUCAGCUGCAUAUCUCCAGAUGAUGCUCAGACAUUAAAUUUUGAUAAAACCACAUACACACACUUGGCUGCCAUUCAAAAGCUUCUGGGUCCCGGAUGUGGUCUAGACCGCCGUCCCAGUACUGAAUUCUGGGACUAUCUUCCUGACCAGCGGAAAAUUGACUCCUUGAGCUCGUAUUUACAGGAUUUUGCGAUUAUUCCGUCAUCCCAACUUCCUCAAGGGGUGGCCUUCGGAAUCAAAUAUAUAUCUUGGAACUUUAAUUGUCCAAAGUUCCUCGAAGUGCUGAAAGAAUACCUUGCUUCCACUGGCAUUGUCUUUGUGCGGAGGAAAAUCCAGAAUGUCGAUGAGAUGUUCGAGUUUGCUAGGACCAUUUUCAACUGCACGGGAAUCGGCGCCAGAGCACUUGGGGGAGCCGAGGACAAAAACAUCUAUCCUGCCAGAGGCCAGGUUGUGGUCAUCAAAGCUCCUCACAUUAACGAGAACCGAAUGAGGUGGGGAACCGAGGACGUAACCUAUAUCAUUCCUCGACCAGAUUCUCAGUCUCAAGUGGUGUUGGGUGGCUACUUGCAGGCCAAUAAUUGGUGUGCUGAUACAUGGAAAACAGAGACCGAUGAUAUUAUUCGCAGAACCAGUCAAUUGUUCCCAGAAAUCGGAAACGAGCCAGAAAUCCUCCGCGUGGCAUGCGGUCUGAGACCAAGUCGCAAAGGCGGUGUUCGCGUUGAAAGAGAGCCACGUGCCAAAGGAUUGCUUAUCCAUGUCUCUGGAUUGUCGGGCUACGGCUACCAAGCGGGCUAUGGGGCCGCUCGUCGUGCAGUGAGACUGGCUCAAUCGUAUAAACUCUAA